GGCAACCCCUCUCCCUCUCUCUCUCUCUGCAUUAGCUGUCACUACUACAACUGACGGGACCGGACCCUUUCGCCCUCCCUUUUCUCAUUCGCCCAAAUCCCAUUCAUUUCCGUUACGUUUAGUCUUCCAACCAAACGCCUCAUCCUAAUAUCUAUAUAUAAUAAUAUUUGCUUCUUCAGGUACUGUACGGCGCCAAACUCAGGUUGAACCCUUUCUAUAACAAUUAUAGUCUGUGCAUGGGAAGAUGAUGAAACGUAGAUUUCAGUUCAACGCUACACGGAACGGAGUCCAGGCCUCUGAUCCCAAUGAAGAAGAGGUGGAGUGGGAGAUGCGGCCCGGCGGAAUGCUGGUGCAGAAAAGAAGCGACAACUCUCAACUUAUUGCUCCGCCAAAUUUACGCAUUCGAGUGGCUUAUGGCGCCGCUCGCUAUCAGAUCUCUGCCAAUUCACAAUCAACUUUCGGUGAACUGAAGAAGCUUCUGGCGGUGGAAACGGGGCUGGAGCCCGGCGAACAGCGGCUGAUUUUCAGAGGAAAAGAUAGAGAAAAUGGCGAGUAUUUAGACACUUGCGGAGUGAAAGACCGGUCGAAGGUCAUCUUAAUCGAGGAUCCAGAAAGCAAAGAAAGAAGGCUGAUUGAGAUGCGCAGGAACGCCAAGAUCCAGGCCAUUCAUCGGUUGAUCGACGACGUGUCCGCGGAGGUAGAUAGACUGGCGGAGCAGGUCUGUAUAAUUGAGAAAUCAAUUGCAAAUGGUAAUAAAGUAGCAGAGCUGCAGAUCACGACGUUGAUCGAAAUGUUAAUGAGACAAGUGUGUGGAAACAUUAGAUGUGCUGAAGGAAUCAAAUGGGAAGGAGAGAGUAGAAGCUGUGGUUGUAACCACCAAGUGGGAGACCUUUGAGUCCUCUCCUGCAGUCCUAACCCAAUGGGAACUCUUUGAUUGACCAACUACCUCUGUGAUCGAUCAUAUAUAAUUUUUAUUAUUUUUUGCUAGUUAAUGUCUGCAGUUUAUAUUGUAGGAGUUUGAUUAGUUUGCGAACCAUGCAACCAUUGUAUUUGUAGUACUUGCAGCCGCUCCAGAGUGAAAUAUUUCACCGGCGAUGCCAUAUUUUCUCUUGCCCUUAAUAUUUGAUGAUAGCCUUUUAUCAAUAUGCUUUAUUAGGAGGACAAUCCUUCUCAUUCUUUCUCAAGAAUAAAUGAAAAUUUAAGU